AUGCUGGGCAGGGUGCGCACGGCGGUGGCGCAGCUGGUGGGGGGCCUGGGCCCGGCGCCCGGCGCUCAGCCCCCGCGGGACUCGCCUGCGCCGCCCCCGGCCCCGCCCGGCCCCAGCGCCUGCCGGGGGCCGCCCGCGGGCGGCGGCGGCGGCGGCUUCUCCAGACCGGCCUUUCUGCAGCUCACCUCGGAGGAGCUGCAGCGGGCGGACGAUCACGCGGGCAGAGCCGUGCAGAGCCCCCGGGAGAGCCGCCGCCGCCUGCCCUGGAGCACCGGCUACGCCGAGGUGAUAAAUGCUGGAAAGAGCCAGCACAAUGAGGAUCAAGCCUGCUGUGAGGUGGUGGUGGUGGACAGGAGAUGCAGUCCGAGGUGUAACCCAGUGCCCAAGGAAUGCACAGGGGAAGCGGAGGGGGGCAGGAAGGACCUUUGCUUCCACUAUUGGGGCUUGUUUGACGGCCACGCCGGCAGCGGUGCCGCUGUCAUGGCAUCCAAGCUGCUUCACCUUCACAUCUGCGACCUGCUCAGGGACUUGGUGGAUAUCUUACAGGACUCCUCCCCACCCCCCUGCCUUCCGGGAAUUGCUCGGGAGCUCCCGGCUGAGCGGAACCGGGCCCCCCUCGCACAAGCGCAUGCGGAGCUCCCCAACGAUGCCCUGCCCCGAUUCCACCUGGAGAAGGCAGUCUCUCACGAAAGCCUGGUGAUCGGUGCGAUCGAGAACGCCUUCAAGCGGAUGGAUGAGCAGAUUGAGCGGGAGCGGAUGACCCGGCUCGUGGCGGGAGGCUGCUGCGCCCUGGCUGUGGUUUACCUCCUGGGGAAAGUCUACGUGGCAAACGCAGGCGACAGUAGGGCCAUUAUCAUCCGUAACGGGGAAAUCAUUCCAAUGUCCAGGGAAUUUACUCCAGAAACAGAGAGACAGAGGCUACAGUUUUUAGGGUUUUUGAGACCUGAGCUGCUGGGGAAUGAGUUCACGCACCUCGAGUUUCCCCGGAGAAUUCAGCACAAGGAGCUGGGGAAGAAGAUGCUGUACAGAGACCAGAACAUGAACGGCUGGGCUUAUAAAAGGAUAGAAGAGGACGACCUGAAGUUUCCGCUUAUCUACGGAGAAGGCAAAAAGGCACGGGUGAUGGCGACAAUCGGGGUCACGCGGGGCUUAGGAGACCACGACCUCAAGGUUUACAACUCCAAUAUCCACAUCAAGCCUUUCCUCUCCUGUGUCCCUGAGGUCAGAGUUUACGACCUGACACAGUACGAACACUGCCCUGACGACGUGCUGGUCCUGGGCACCGACGGGCUCUGGGACGUGACCAAUGACCGGGAGGUGGCUGACGUGGUCACGGAAGUGCUGAUGGGCUACGAGCCGAACGACCCCUGCAGGUACACCAUGGCCGCCUACGAGCUGGUGGUGAGGUCCAGAGGGGUGCUGAAGGAGCGAGGCUGGCGGCUGGCCAACGACAAGCUGGGUUCCGGAGACGACAUCUCCGUCUUCGUGAUUCCUCUGGGCGGCCCCGGCAAUUACACGUGAGGCCAAGCUGCCCCGGGGCGCGGCACUGCUCCAGUCGGCAUGGGACCAGGACCUGGCGGGGCGCAGGGGCCGCCUGACUAGCUUCCUGCCUCUCCUACAAGAGGAGUAAGAAACCCUGGAACCCAGUCUGCCCCCGCGCCUCCUCUCCACCUGCUGCUUCUCUGCCGCUGGGCAGAGCAUAGAGCCGUAGCAGCUAGUGAUGGAAAAGCCGGCUGGGAAGAGCAAGGCAGGACUGUUUUGAUGCCAGCACCUGUAGCCAACCCUACCUGACCUGGUUCCCGUGAGAGGACUGUGUUCUUACUCAGCUCUCCAAGUGUCCUCUGCAGGGAUGGGAGAGCCCCCAGGACUGUGGUUGCUGGUUCUGGUAAUGUGAGAAUGGGGUGGAUUAGCAGGAGGGGCUGCAGUUCCCCAUGCCCUGGGGAGUGCCUGCUGCCCUCUGUAAACCCUUCUUCCUCCCCCGUCGAGAUCUGCACCAGCUGCUGCUCCCACACGCCCGUGGGACGGGCGCCUGUCCAGUCCUCGUAACAACACUAGUGCCUCAUCGCCUGGCAUGCACAGUCCUGGCGCCUGAGCUCCUGCUCGUAGCUAAGGUAACAGUCCUGCCAGAGAGAGCACUGGGAUGGAGCCAUGCUGUGGGUGGCUGUGGCCAAGCACGCUUCCUUCACGCUUGCCCUCCUGCUGGUCAUGCAGCCUUCAGUCCACUUCCUGUGUCUUAGUCUCAGCUUUGUAACCCGGAGUAGGCACCCAGUUACCAUGGUGAUGGGCACUGUAUAAAUACUUAGAAAUAUAUGUACGUGGGCUUCCCGUGAGCAGGUACCACCCCUGCUAGUCCUCUGCGCCUUCCACCAGAGCUGCUUUAGCACCCUGGGCCGAUGUUGAGUUCCCAGAUGCCAAGGCUGGGGAUUGGCUCAAUUAUUGUUUGUUCUUAAGUGAAGAGCUGGUCUGAAAAUUUCCAAAUUUAAAUGAAAACAACUGGGAUGAAACGUCCACAAAACUUUCAUCCCAUUUUUCCACCAGCUGUAAUGAAUUUGGUGCUUACUUCUGUUCAAAAUACAGACCAGGCCUGCUCCCAAAGACCUUGCAACUUAAAUAUGCUGCAUCUCUGUGCUUAGCUGAGAGCCAAGGAUAAUUAAUAAGAUGUGUGUUUUUUCUAAAAAAAAGCAAAUCACCUUCUUUCCUGUAUUAAUCUCAGAGCAGUGACCAGCUUUGCUCUGCCCUUCCCUGCCCUGCAGAAUACUUGAUUUAGAAAAAGCAACACAUUCUGCAAACCUCUGAUCUGAGACAUGAAUGUUCUGGGUCUCUGCAGAGUGUGAUGAAGGGUAGUAGUUAUAAAAUGCUGUCCCAGGGUAGCAAAUUCCCUCCGUUUCUGAAACACACUUUGGCAUUGACUAUUUCUCGUGUCCUGCUGCUGCCAGGAGCACCAAGCACUGUCAUGAUGUGUCACCUUCUGGUGAAUGUUGUUUGUAACUCGCAAUUUGUGAGAUGUAAAUAUACUGGGUACACUUAGUUGGAACUAAAAGGCAUUCAGGGAGUGUUUAAUCUGUUGACAUUUCUGUGCUGGAAGGAGAUUGUUAGAUCGCCCUGUGUGUACCUGUGUUUUUAAAUACAGAAUGCCUCCAGGAAUCCCACUGCCAAGUCUUUAUUGCAGAGCCUUCUGUGAAGGAGACUUGCCUGAAAGCCAGUCACUUAUGAGUAGUUUACAGGGUUGCUAGCAAAUAUACCCAGACAGACCUCUAUGAGCCAGUAUCUUCCUCCUCAUUCACAUAGAUCAGAUCAUGCAAAAUCUCCCCCACUCCAAAUACGCUAAGAGUGGAACAUUGCCUUCCCUGAUGCCAAGCAAUUUGGUCAUAUUUUCAAUUGACUGUCAUUGCCAGGUGUUGUUCUUUAGUGCCGACUAAGUGAAAGUUACCCAGUUAGUAACCACUGACUCACCUCAAGUGGGCAAGAUGACACCCGAGGAGUGGAGCUGACUCUCUUGUGUAUCCAGGAGCUGGAGAGAGAACAAAUUGCGGAUGCUCUGAGAGCCUCUUAUUUGAUUUUGUUGUUUUUUUUAACCCAAAAUGUGAUAAUACACCGGACUCUCACUAGAAUGCGCGUCUAUAUAGCACUAAUUUGCAUAUAAUGCAGUCGUGGCCAUGGAUCCCAAAUUUAAUUACUUUAAUUGCAAUUCAUUUUAACGUGGUCCCCGUGUUAACACGGUACCGUGCAUGGAUCCCAAAUCCCGUGUUCUAGCGAGGGGCAGGGCACCCUGCUAAAAGACCCAUGCAUGUAAGGCACUAGAGAAGGUCGGCAUUUUAUUACAUUUCCUAGGCCGCAAUAUUUUUUUUUAUUAUGUAGCACCUCCCACGCUGAAUGGCCCAAGGUGUUUUACAAGAAUCAUUUCACUCCCACACCCUCCAGCUGAAAUGCAGCAACCUCUGGGGUGGACCACAGGGGAAGGUUGCAUAACACCAAACAGCAGUACGACUCUGCUGUCCAGGACAGGAAAUGAAGACAAAAUCCUGCAUCUGCCUAAAACUGUAGAAGAAACUCUAGAGAGGCGGAAUGUGCUUCCUCAACUGAAAACUAGCCAGAACCCUGCUAUUGUGAGACAUAUAGCCAGAUCUUUAAUAACUGCAAGUGAUCAGGGUUCAAGGACUGCAUAGCCCUUUACAGUCUUGUUUUUGUUUAUGAUUGCUUAUAUAGUGCCAGCAUCCUGUGCAGCUUAUCAACAUAGCAAACAAAGGAGGUGGCCUCUCAGACAUGUUCUUGGAAUAGACUACUCAAGGCGCCAAUUUCUGUUCCCGGCGUAGACUACUCAAGGUGCCAAUUUCUGUUCCCAGCUACGCCUAUGCAAUCUUGUGAUAGUCCCUCUGCAUAUGGCUGGGGUGAGGGAGUUCAUAGGGAAACAACAGAAAUGACCACAGGGGCUGGAAGGAUUGAUUUAAAAGGGGAGGUUAAUAGCUCAUUAUGUCUCUCCUGGCUGGCCAAUACCUGGGUUAGAUGGUCACUGUCAAGACAUAUCAGAAGAAUGUAAACACUGAGGAGGGAGAGUCAUUUGGAGUGGAGCCCUGAAGGUGCCACAAGGAGAAAUGGGAUGAAAUUCAGAGCUUGACCCAACUCCCACUUCAAGUCAAUAGGAGUCUUUCGUUGGCUAGGAGUCAGAGCAGACCUUCAGAAAGGGGAAACAGGCUGAGAAUCAAGAAAAGUGAUGAGAUUUCUCAGGCUGUGGAAUAUCUCCCCAAGGGAGAGGGCACGUAAGGCUUGGAUUUUCAAAGGAACUUCAGGAAACUAGGCACGCAAAUCCCAUUCAGUGGGAAGUUGAACUCCCUUUGACAAUCCAGCCUUCCUGCAAGGCUGGAGAAAACGCUAGAAAUGCAGUGUUGGAAACAAUCUGGCCUUGAUUCUGGGGAGGUGUGUGGGCUAGAUGACCUAAAAUAGAAACGAGAGAGAGAACAAUAAUCGCAUCAUUAAGAAUUCCAGAGGAGGGAUGUUUAGUCUCACCGCCCAAGAAGACAUCAGACCAUUAAGAAUGGUUGGUUAAGUAUCUUCAAGGAAUGACCCACUGCCCCUUUGAACAAUUCCUAGCUCCUGGGCCUUUCAGUUUCAGUUGAGAGUUAUUUUUUUGCAGUGAACAAUAGUAUAUCUUGGAGGGCAAGUUCAGGUCUAGCUGGAAAAGGAGUGAUGUCCUUUCAUUUCUGCAACUGAUUACUUGCAUACGGGAAGCAAUUACCAGGGGAAAUCAGUCCAAGGAGAUCCUCGUAUCCCUUGGGGUGGCAUUUGCUGGGGAAAAGGACCAACACAUCUCUGUUGCUUUCUCAACUUGGGUCCUAUGAGGCUGACUCGCGGUAUCCAGAAAGGGGCUGAUCCAUUUCUCUUCUCAUUGCCUUUCACCAGCUGGAUUUUAAGAUUUCCCUUCUGCUGAGCCAUGGAGUUAUGGGAUUUGGUGGUAAAAUUCCAAACUAAUAGCUAAAUAAAUAUCCAGAGUCCUUUCCCCAAAACAAGGGUGGACAUAAAAGAAAUGCAGCCCUGAUUAAAGCCAGGAGAUGCCGCCAUCCAAGGGUCAUUCAUUCCAUGGAGACGCAUGUUCCUUUAACCUGAGGCCAUAGAUUGCGUGGUCUGGGGAGGUGAAGGCAAUUCAGUGGGGGGAUGGGCAGAAUAGGCCAAGGUGGCCCCUAUACGAUAGCACGGCCCAUUGCUCUCCCCUCCUUAUUACACUCUGUAACAGGGUGGCCUUCAAGGGCCAGGAGGUCUGUGGUUAACCCGCCCUGUUCAGUCAGCCCCACCUGGCCCAAAAUAAACUGCAUCCCACCCAAAGGGAGCAGGGCUCAGGGAGACAGGCGUUAGUAUGACAAACACCUGGGCCUCAUAAUUUGGUGAAUACACUGUGAUCGGGACCAUAGGGAGAAACUUGGGCUCCUGUGGGAAGUCCCGAGGUAGGGCCCAUGAGAGGAUGCCUACACUGCAGCUGGGUGCAGAGCUCCCAGGCCACGUACACGGACGGGCGCUAGCUGGGCUCACACAAACAUGCUAAGCGCAGCGACAUGGGCAUUGAUGCACCGGCGGAGGCUGGGGCUCACCAACCCAGCUCCAGAUCCCCG